GCUUCUCGACGUUCAUCGGUGUUAAGUCUCAUCGAGCAUCGAUGUGGUGCCGUGCCACUUCAGUACCGAAGCGAUCUUGCUAAUGCCUCUGGGGGCAGCUCCUUCUCCGGCACGUAUAUGAAUAUCUCCGAGAUGCGUGCAUCCAUACACGAGCUUCAGCGCCUCCGGGACCGCCUGCUGGCAGGAUUUGAUCGUCUUGGACGUCGGUACGAGCUGGCCCGGGGGGUGAUUAUUGUCAAACGAUACCGAAUGCUGAAGGCGAUGAUCAGGGCCCUCGUUGAUGAUCCUUCGGUGGAAGAGUUGCUACAGUGA